AUUGAAAUCUACGUUUGUUGGCUGUGUGUCGCCGCCACUGCUGCCAUAUAAACCAUAUAAACUACAUAUUGUCGUCGCUUCGUCUUCGUCGUGUAACGAAAGAAAGCUGACAAUCAACCGAAAAGUUCACCACACCCCUUGGAAUGUCCAACGAACUUAGCGAACUGAUCGCCCUUGGCUGUCCAGACCUCGCGGCGCAAAAGCCGCAGGGCGGUAGCACCCAGGUGGAGUUGAUCCUCAAUACUGAGCGCCGCCUGAGCAUAAAGCAGAUGACGGCCACGGAUUUGGCCACACUUAGGGCAGCAGCAGCCGCAGAAGCGGAGGCCAGAUCUCGAGCACAGGCGGAGGCGGAAGCUCUAGCAAUUGCCCAGGAACAGUUUCGUCAGGCCCGCGAGGCCGAGUCCAAGGCCAGAGCACGUGCUGCCCUCGAGGUGCAGGCUCAGCUGCAGCGGGUGAUGGAGAGCGAGAAACGCAGGCAACAGGAAGAGGAGGAACGGCGCAUCAGGCAACAGGCAGAGGAGGAGCAGGAGGAUGAUGAAGACGACGACAACGAUGAGGAAGAGGAACUAACCAAGGGUUCCCUUCCAACCAAUUCAGGUCCAAGAGAACGCAUUGCUUCGCUACCCUGCAACAUAGAUGAUGCCAUGGAGAUGCACCUUCUUAACGUUUCGCAGCCGAAGGCCUCUUCCAAAGAUGACUCACCGCCUAAGAAGAGUACCUCUCACAUAGCUGACUCGAUUGAGCUGCUGAGAAUGCAGCGAGCUGCUCGGGAUGCCCGUUCCCACAAUCGUAGUCGAGAGCGUUCCAUUUCGCCAGAUCGUAAUCGCGAAAGGAGCGCUGCUCCAGAUCGCCUCCAGAGUUCUGCCAGCAUGAGCAGCUUGGACUCGGCCAGUGCAUCGGCAUCCAGACAACCUAGCAAGGCAGGCAGUCGACGUGGUAGCACCACGAGUGCCACCGGUGUGGAACCACCACUUAUGGCAGCACCUCCACAGCCUACCAAAUUUCCACUCACUAAGACGGUGUCAGCGCCUAACAUGGACCGGCGGCGGAGCAGUCUGACAUCACUCUUUCCUGGGCCAUCGCCAUUGGUGGCACCCGAACCAUCUCUGCACACUAAUCCCGAUCCAAGGGUUCAAGAACAGAUUGAAGAGGAUCGUCGUCGGCGGCGAAUGGACGAUGGUUACCGUGAGAUACCCAGUGGAAAAAUGGUGCAUCGAACGAAGACACCGCCACCAGUGGGCACUAACCUUGGAGUGAGCCUCAAGCGGGUGACAGCGCCCAGUGGAUCGAUAACCAUCAAGCCCAAGGAAUCGCCCAUGCUGGGAGUCGUCCUGCGUAGAGUGGAGAAAAAAACUGUACCGCAAAAGAGCAUUCUAGACGACGAUAAACCACUGUACCACUUCUCCAUUGUGCGCAGCGACCACAAGGAACACGUGCCUGCUCAGAAACCAAAACCCAAGCCUGCUCCUCCAGCUGCUAAACCAAGUCCCGGUGGCAUCCUUACUGGACCCCAAGUAAUUCGAAACGCUCCCAAGCAACCUGUGCCCGUCAAGCCACAGCGUCCUAUGCCCGGCGUUCCCAUCACUAUCACCAAGAUCGAGGGCGACAAGAUUAUCAUCAUCAAGAAGAUCAUUGUGCCUAAGAACAGUAAGAUACCGGAGCAGUAUCUGCAGAUGAGUGAAGAUGCCGGCAAGCCAGCAAAUACAGUGCCCUCAGCGGUAUCCUCCUCCGCAGCCCCAUCGCCAAGCCUAAGAACAAAAGAGGAAUCCCAGCCAGCUAUGCAGAAACCUACGCCGCCGCCGGCCAGUGGCCAGCAGUUCUUUCAGGUGGUCUCCCCGCAGUUCGCCUCUGUGCUAUCAUCCAGCAUCCCGGAGAGCAAGUGUGCGGUGCGUUCUCCCAUAUCGUCGCCACUAGCAAUCCGGAAGAGUCGUCCACCUCUGCUGCCGUCGAGUCCAAAGUCCACUCCUCCACUACCGCGGAAACAUCACCCUUUGGCUUACAACGCGGCAACUGGAACAAUCAGCAGUGCCUCUGGAGCAGCGUUGCCUUCCCGGUUAAUGGCCACCAUUGCCUCCAGCCCGGCUUCUAGUAUAUCGCUGUCCUCCUGUAGUUCACCUUCAUCAUCUCCACCACCGCCAGUACCAUGUCGAGCUCCUAAGAAUGCCAGUAGACCUGUUGCUGUGACUGCUGCUCCACCUCCAUCCACCUCGAACGAAAUCAGUUUGGACAAGUUGCUGCAACAGCAGCAGGAGCUAGAGGAGAAAUCCGCGGCAGCCACAAACAGCGCAAAAAUGGAUGCAAACUUCUACGAUGCCGAGAUUGAGAUGAUGAACAAGUAUCUUAAGAGUCUGCCUGACUACAGCGAACUGGACAGGAAGCUGCACCAGGAGUUCCAGGAGUGCGAGGAUCUCUAUGACAAGAUCAAGCGUCAGCAGCAGCCGCUGGCCAAGUCCAAUUCGCAGCAAUCGGUCACGAAGGCAGUAGGACCAGGAGUGCCUGCGAUCUCCUCCGGCUUAUCAAAGUCUUCUUCAAUUAACUUCGCCCAGAAUCCCAGCAGUCGUGGAGCUGCUCCGCGUUUGGCCUAUCCUUCGAUAUUUUCCCAGGCUGCAGGCGAACCCAAGCUGCAGCGCAGCAUUUCAAGUUCUAAUAUGCCUAUAAGUGCACCUAAUUCAAUGCGUCCGCUGCCCACCAAGAAUGGCCUGCAAAGUGGCUCCAAUCUGUCCCUUAACAAACAGUUGAUGAACGAAUUCUGGAGCGAAAAUCUAACCAGUUCUCAGAAGCGGCAAACACCUAAGCGAACCUUUUGGAACUACGAGAAGAUCUGCGGUGCCCAGUUGGGCGAUGCAGGACAACCCUUUAAGGUGGAUGCAAAGACUGCCAAAAAAUUGGCUAUAUUUGAUCCCACAGUUGCGGAGGCCGCUCAGAAGGAGCUGCAGCGACCUCAGCAGUCACAGGUGCCCCAAAAUCAGCCCCACAAACUGCAGAAAAAUGCAUCUUUGUCGCACCUGGAUCUCAAGGUGCGUCAGGCGGUGACCAAGGACGAUCUCUAUAAGUUGAUCUGCAACGAGCAAUCGCCGUUGGCAGGAUCGAAUUUUGUGAGUAGAGUGCCUGUGAAGCAGCAAUUUCCAGCACAGCAGCAACAGGUGCUUCCAAAGAGCAUGUCCAUGACGCAUGUGCCGGGUGGUGGUCAACCCAUGGGAGCUCCAUUGCUGCGAACUUCUAGUCGAACUCAUAUACCCAGCUACAUGAAGAAUCUACCAUCUUUGAGCAGGAGCACAUCAAACUCUGCAAUACUCAUGACCCAACCGCGAAAGGAACCUCCACCAAAGGAACCACUGAAAGCUCCAGCUCCACUUCCUGCCAUAGCUGCACCGACGGUGGGCAAACCAAGUGGUGUCCUAAAGAGCUCCAGCAGUUCCUGUGUCCCCUCACCGCGUUGUGCCGCUGCCUUCUUUCGCCGACCUCAAGAAGCUAACAAUCCUCAGCAGCAACAUCACCAGCCACUUCAGAAACCGCAGCAAGUGGCGCCAAUUGAGGAAUCCGGACCUGGUGAUUCCGCAUCUCUGGAACGAAAAUCGGAGAAGAGCAAUAGCACGUUAAGCACAAGCAGCUUUACGGUGACCAACUGUUGCACCACCCACCUGCCGCAGCUCUCCAAGUUCACCUCAUCGUUCCAUAUUGCCCCCACCACAGCAACAACCACAGCCGCUACAGCAACGCCGACCCCAACAGGAGCUGCAACAACAAGCGAUCAGCAGCAACAAAGUGGCGGAACACCGGCGAUGGUGGCUGCCAAUUUGGAGGUGCCAACAUCGUCAUCGUCAUCAGCGGCCACAAAGCGCCAGAAAGAUGUUGACAACAAGCUAGAAAAAUGCUUGAACGACAUGCUAAAGUUGAAGACCAGCAGCAACAACAACAGCACUAGUAACAGCAAUAAUAAUGCAAUCAUGUCGCAUUCGCUGACGGGCGAGCACAAAGACCCGAAGACUGCACUCGAAGGCCCCACGAGCAGCAGCAGCAGCAGCAGCAGCAAGUACAUAGGUGAAUCUCAGAUCCCCGUGCCAGUUCAGCUGUACGAUCCGCAGAAGCCGUUGCUGCAGCAACAGCAGCAGCAACAAAGGAUCUGCUAUCCCAUAGGCAAAUCUAACUCUACCUCUCAGCUACCCAUGGGCGGCUAUCAGCGAUUGCUGCAACAUCAGCAGCAACAACAUCACCAACAGCAACAGCAGCAACAUCAGGAACAGCAGCAGUAUCCGCAGCACAAGCGACCCUUCCUCAACUGGAAUAGCUUUGCAUGUUCCGCCAUGAACGGAGCGAGUGAUCCCUUCAUGCAGCAGCAACACAUGCCUGCCCACCAGCAACAGCAGCAUCUGCCACACAAGCUGCAGCAAUCAUACUCCUCGUCUCAUGUGCCCAAGCAGGCGCCCAAAUCGGGACUGGCCAUGUUUCUGCAGAAGAACACCAACAAGGAGAACAAGUUUGGCCAGCCGAUGCAGCAGCAGCCACCCGGCAUGAUGCCCCAGAUGUAUGGAUACCAGGCGCCCCAGCAGCAAUCCAAGAUAGGCUAUCCCCGCACAGGUGCCCCACUGACGCACUCGGCCUCCUUCAGCUCCGCCCAAAGGCCGACGGCCCUGCAGUUCCACCAGCAACAUCAGCAGCAGCAGCAUCUGCAGCAACAGCAGCAACACCCCCAGCAGCAACAACAUCAGCAUUCCAGCUUUGGGGUGGGCAUGAUGAGUAGGAAUUACUAUAAUAUGCCCAAGCAGCCCGAGCGCAAGCCGCUGCAGACCUUUGAUCCGUAUGCCUAUCCCAAGCCGAAUCAGAUGCAGCCGGUCAAGUACCAGCAGCAGCAACAGCAUCCGCAUACGCAGUUUCAGAAUGCUUCCGCUGGAGGAGGCGGUGGCGGUGCUGCUGGGCUUCAAUACGAUCCAAAUACAAAUACGCAAUUGUUUUACGCGUCGCCGGCGUCAUCGUCAUCGAACAAGCAACCGCAACAACCGCAACAGCAACAGCAGCAGCAGCAGUCCCAGCUACAACAAAGCAAUUCUGUCAUAUUCAAUCACUCGGGCCAGCAACACCAACCACAUCAACAGCAGCAGAAUGAAAUGUCCAAGUCCGCAUUGGGGCUGCACUUCAUCGAGACAGCAAAGCCCGUCAUUCAAGAUGAUGCUGAUGGUCACUUAAUUUACCACACCGGAGACAUUCUCCAUCACAGAUAUAAGAUCAUGGCCACACUGGGCGAGGGAACUUUUGGACGUGUGGUCAAGGUCAAAGAUAUGGAGCGUGAUUACUGCAUGGCUUUAAAGAUUAUUAAGAACGUGGAAAAGUACCGCGAAGCUGCCAAGCUGGAAAUAAAUGCUUUGGAAAAGAUUGCCCAAAAGGAUCCGCAUUGUGAUCAUUUGUGCGUCAAAAUGAUUGACUGGUUUGAUUAUCAUGGACACAUGUGUAUAGUUUUUGAAAUGUUGGGGCUCAGUGUUUUCGAUUUUUUGCGAGAGAACAACUAUGAGCCAUACCCGCUGGACCAAGUGCGCCAUAUGGCCUAUCAAUUAUGCUACUCUGUGAAAUUUCUACAUGACAAUCGUUUAACGCACACAGAUCUCAAGCCGGAGAACAUACUCUUCGUCGACUCGGAUUAUACUUCUCACUAUAAUCAUAAGAUUAACCGCGAGGUGCGCCGCGUCAAGAAUACGGACGUUCGCCUAAUCGACUUCGGGUCGGCCACCUUCGACCACGAGCACCACAGCACAAUUGUCUCGACGCGACAUUACCGCGCGCCAGAGGUCAUACUGGAGCUGGGGUGGUCACAGCCGUGUGACGUUUGGUCCAUUGGGUGCAUCUUGUUCGAACUGUAUCUGGGAAUCACGCUCUUCCAAACGCACGACAAUCGCGAACACUUGGCCAUGAUGGAGCGAAUCUUGGGACAAAUACCAUAUCGCAUGGCACGCAAUCAUACUCUUUAUAGCAAAACCAAAACAAAGUACUUCUAUCAUGGUAAGUUAGAUUGGGAUGAGAAGUCCAGUGCGGGUCGCUACGUCCGUGAUCACUGCAAGCCGUUGUUCCUGUGCCAGCUGAGCGACAGCGAGGACCACUGUGAGCUCUUCAGUCUGAUCAAGAAGAUGCUGGAGUACGAGCCGUCGUCACGCAUCACGUUAGGUGAGGCCCUGCAUCAUCCGUUCUUUGAUAGGCUGCCACCACACCAUCGAGUAGGUGAGGUCAGCAACAAGCAGCCCCUUUCGUCGGGCAGCAGCAGCCGCGAACGAUCGCAUAGCCUCUCCAGAUGAGAAUUACAGCGAUUUGGUUAUUGUUGACAGACAGCGCUAAUUAAGUACUCACUCAUGCAAACAUACACUCAAGGCAGUCGUCCAGCAACGUCUUGCACCCGACUCGUAGAGUAGACCAGCAACUUUACGACGAACCCUAUUUUAAGAGCAAAAGUCUUAUUUUAAAUUUUUGAACUUGACUUGUAUAGAUGUUUAUUAUACAAAAAUCCAUUGAUCCCUUUUGAUCCUUUGUUUCCAAAUACUUCGAGCACAUGUUGCUGUGCAUUAUAUUUAGAGCUGUGUAGCGCCAUGCUGCGCUUGUGCAUUGUACCAUACCCGCCAACAGUGUUUGUUCUGUAAUGAUAACCAAAUCGUGUAUAUUAUUGAAAGUGCGGUGCGUCUUCCCGACACCAGAACCUAAUUGUAAAUGUCUUGCAUUGUGCACACCCCAAGGUGGAGGAGACUAAUUGAACCGACUGCAAACCGAUAAUUGGAAUAUACAAAUGUAGUUGUAAAAUAAGAAAGUCGCUUAAGCGCUAGUUGGAAUGCAUCCCCAUGUCUACACCUGUCACUGAACCGGGAGCCGACUAAUUUGUAAUUAAUGCACCAUUUCGAGAGCGUGAACUGAAAGCUAAUGCAAGCCAUUAUGUACACCGCCCACGAAUGUACGGAUUAUUGUAAAUGUAAAGAGCAAUUGUUAUGCCACCAUGUGUACACUUCAGCGAUCGCAGCGCAUUUUGUGUAAAUUCAGUAGCAGCCCCAGAGUCAUCUCUCUUAGAAUACGUUUUCAAAUGUGUAGAACCGUUGCCGGCCUGUUUUGUUCGUUUUCGUUUACAACCGAAUAUCGAAAGAUCAACCCAUUUACACAUUGCUACACACAAAGUAUAAUUGAAUAUACUUAUACAUACUUAAUUCAAAUGAUUGUGAGUUAGUUUAAUAUUACAUAAAUAUUAAUUAUAAAUUACAUUAUUUGCAAUUUAACCCGAUCAACCAGCAUAUAAGAUAAAAACCAAUAUUGUCAAGUUAUUAAAAAGUGAAAUAAAUCUUAAAU